GUGUCUGCUCGUUUCCGGCAGCCCCAGCUCCACGCUCCUCGGCCCUCCACGGCUUCCCCGCUUUUUCUUCCUGCCGCUUGAUCACAAUCACAGCCGCUUCUCUUCGUCGACGCAGUGAGAUACUAUCGACGCCGUCCCUCGCUCGUCGUCUUCAAUCUUUGGCAUCCUCCCUUCAUUCUUCGCAGAAUAAUGGGGCGGAAAGCUGGUGGACUUUAUAUUAAUCCUAAGAGAUAUGGUUCACUUCACAAACCUUGCAUGAAGGAAAUGAUGACUUUUCUCAGCUGUUUGGCUGCUAGCCAUGGCAACAGUGAUGUGUGCACUCGGCAGAAAGAGUUAUUAAAAACCUGUUUGGAUUCACAGAGCAAAAAGAACAGAAACGCUUGGGGAAGUGUCAAUUAUCAACUGCAGAGGCUUAACAGGGGAAGGAAGUAAUCUG